AGCCCAAAUAAGAAUGUUUCGUGCCACAUGCAGAUUUGCUGUCAGCUUAACUAGAGAUCAGUUUAGAAAAACUUUGAAAAUGGCUGAUUUACAGAAAAUUGUUGAAAACAAUCAACGUGCCCAAGGUCUGAUUGACUCAAUACAGCAAGAGAUGGCGGCUAUAGAGAAUGAGCUCGUCCAGCGUAAAAAACAGGAGCUCAUUGAGGAGAACGCAUUUUUAACGAAGGAAAUUGAAAAAGCUUUGGCACAACUAGUUGCUCUGGAAAUUAGCAAUGGCAAGAGACAAAUACCGGUGCCAGGUAACCGAGGAAUAUGCACCCAAACCGAAGCAACCUCAGCAGCCGCUGCUCCAGCAAGUGAAUCGAAAGCUCCAGCUCCAGCUCCAGUUGCUGCUCCUAAAGAAAAAAAAGUAAAGGAAAAGAAACCGCCAGCUGAAAAGCCAAAACCCGUUGCCGAAGCUCCUAUUGAUGUUGGCCGUCUGGAUUUGCGUGUGGGCAAAAUUAUUGAGGUCGGUCGUCAUCCUGACGCGGACAGUCUGUAUUUGGAGAAGAUUGACUGCGGCGAACCGUCACCGCGAACUGUUGUCUCUGGACUUGUAAAAUUUGUCCCACUAGAAGAAAUGCAAAAUCGUUUGGUCGUUGUUCUCUGUAAUUUGAAGCCCGCCAAGAUGCGUGGUGUUACCUCUGAGGCAAUGGUGAUGUGUGCUUCUACACCUGACAAGGUCGAAGUGCUAAGUCCACCUGCUGGAGCCGUGCCUGGUGAUCUGGUCCAUUGCGAGGGCUACGAACGCAAACCUGAUGCUCAACUCAAUCCGAAGAAGAAAGUAUUUGAGACGUGUGCGCCGGAUUUGAUGACCAAUGCGGACCUGGUGGCCUGCUAUAAAGGAGCGCCACUCCAUGUGCCAGGCAAAGGAACCAUUGUAGCACAAUCAUUGAAAAAUGUUCAAGUCAAAUAAUUUUUUGUUAUGAAUAAAUAGUAAGAUGCUGAGUA